AUGGAAGACAUAUGGGAUUUUGAUAUUAUUGAUGUUGAAGUAGACAAGGAUUUGAAGAAGCAAACCAAGAGAUGCAAUGAUGCGUUCUUGAAUAGCUUGUGUCCCGACAUAGCUGGUGAAGAAGGUGAUGACUUUGCAAUCCCUGAAAUUGAACAUAUCGACGACGAGGUUGACUUAAAUGAAGAUGAUGUGGUGGAGAAUGAAGAUCAUUUUGACUCAAUGCGAGAAGGAAAUGGGUCUGAUGAAGUAUAUGGGUAUGAUGAAGAUGUAUCAAGUGAAAGUGAUCAUGAUUCUAAGCUUGAGUUUUAA